AAAAAAACAGUUUUUGCGGCAAUGUUCCACCUUCAGCGUGGUUUCCUCCUCCUCCUCCUUGUCCUGACACCCACUAGCCGGUGUCCCUGAAACUCGAGAACUUUUGCCCGCUCUCGCGAUGUUUCCCCUUUUCUCCCGCACAGCCAAUAGGCGAGCGCGUUUCAUGGUGACGUCACAAAUCUUGAACGAGACUCCCCCUCGCCAAAAUGGUCGCACCCGGAAGGUAAACAGUUUGUUCGCUAAAUAAAAGGGAAUGAAGCUGUUAGCGAGGACGGUGCAGUGUGCUUUGAAGCAGAGAGAGACGAACCGAAGACAUUUCUGGUCAUGGCUCAAUGCUAUUUUCAACAAGGUGGACUAUGAGCGAAUCAAAGCUGUCGGCCCCGACCGAGCGGCGGCCGAGUGGUUGAUUCGAUGCGGCGCCAAGGUGCGCUUCCAAGGCUUCGAGCGCUGGCAUCAAGACUACAACGCGCUGCCCACCGGAGCUCUGGACAGAUACAAGAUCCAGUCCAUCGACGCCACAUAGUCCUGCAUUAUGUACAGAGGCUUCGACCAUCUCGAGGGUUUGCGGCGCGUGGAGGAGAUGAAGUUCAACAAGUGUAUGUACAUUGAAGACGCGUGUUUGGAGAGGCUGAGCUCGCUGGAGAACCUGCAGGAGAGCUUGUCCACGAUGGAGGUGGUGUCGUGUGGGAACGUGACGGACAAAGGCCUUGUCGCUCUGCACAAACUCAGGAAUCUGGAGUAUCUGUUCCUCAGCGACCUGCCCGGCCUCAAAGAUAAAGAAACCACAGCAAACCGGCUCAAGACGGCGCUGCCGCGUCUGGACUUGCACCUGGACUGAAGACAAGAGAAGUGCUUCCUCAAAUAUAGAAUUGAAAUCUGCCCUUUAUUUUGUUGACACCAUUUUAUUCAUCAUCAACAAUCGUCAUAUUAUUUACUGGGUGUGUUUUUUGUUUUUUUCAAAUGAAUUUGGCGUUUGUAAACAUCCGUAGCACCAACGCCAUCAUCAUUCAUGUCAAUAAAUAUUUCCAGUCGUAGUCCA